GUGUGGCAAGCCGAGGGUCGAACAAACUGUCCCAGCCAACAGGCAGUUCGGCAAACGGGUCAAUUUGCUGAUCAUAAAAGUGUCACCCCUGUAUGGGUGCCAUGGUCGUCAGUAACACAUGAGCUCUACUAUGUGGUACAUCAUGCAAAGCAUUCAAAGCAAAUACUCCCUGUCCGAGCGACUCAUCCGUACCAUCGCCGCCAUCCGCUCCUUCCCGCACGACAACGUGGAGGACCUCAUCCGCAAGGGUGCCGACGUGAACCGCAUGCAUGGCACACUGAAGCCUCUGCACUGCGCCUGCAUGGUUGCCGAUGCCGACUGUGUGGAGCUGCUGUUGGAAAAGGGGGCAGAGGUGAAUGCUUUGGAUGGAUAUAACCGCACGGCGCUCCACUAUGCAGCAGAGAAGGACGAGAGCUGUGUGGAGCUGCUGCUGGAGUACGGGGCUCAGCCCAACGCUCUGGAUGGCAACAAGGACACUCCGCUCCACUGGGCCGCUUUCAAAGACAACCCAGAGUGCGCGAGAGCGCUGCUCGACAGCGGGGCUUGCCCCAACGCCCGCGACUACAACAGUGACACGCCGCUGAGCUGGGCAGCCAUGAAGGGCAACCUGGAAAGUGUCAAAGUGCUUUUGGACUACGGCGCACAGGUCCACGUGACCAACUUGAAGGGCCAAACACCCAUUUCCCGACUGGUGGCCCUCUUAGCGCGAGGCCUGGGCACUGAGCAGGAGGAGGAGUGCCUGGAACUUUUGUGCCGGGCAGCUGGGCGUUUCGAGAUUCGCCGGGCCGACGGCACGCUUCCAAAGGAGCUCAGUAAGGAUCCGCAGCUGCUGGCCAGACUCACCGGCAUGGUGGCUCAAGCGCCCACACUGCGCUCUCUGGCGCGCUGUGCUGUGAGGCAGAGUAUGGGCGUGCAGUUCCUACCCACGGCGGUUAAAGAGCUUCCUUUACCAGAGACCAUCAAGGAAUACCUUCUUCUCAGAGACUAAGACAGCGUUGGGUGGCGGCAAUGGAGUUUUUCCUCCUCGUCUCCAACAAACACAACAGCCUCUUGUGCUCCUUUUCCACUGCGCAAGUACUGGAUCGCCUCGAUCGAAAACUACGCGGCACUAAAGGCAUCGGUUCGAACGAGACAUGUUAGCUAAACGAUACAGCAGUUAUUAGUAUAAUGGAAGCAAAAAUAUCAUCUACCAAGGCAGAUCUUAUGUUUUUGUAAAGGAUAAAGUGGAGAGCCUUUUUUUCAUGAUCAAGAAAACACAAUGAUUGAACUGAUUUCGCACAAUAAAGAGAUUUUUGGGCACUUACUACAGUAUGAUAUACGUGUAGGGUUUUAGAAUGUUGUCAUACGUGGUGAAAACCGAACACGGGCAGAAGGAGUACUUGGAUUUGGAUCUUUAACACCAAUGUAUUGUUACUAUUAAGGAGUAUGGGCACUGAAAAGGGAAGAAGAAAAAUCAAGAUUAAAGUUAGUUUUACCAGAAUAAAGUUAUAUAUAUUUUUUUUAGGUUAAAGUCAUUGCUAAGAUGAAGUCGUAUAUUUUCAAAAAAGAAGUGUUUUUUUUGUUUUUGUUUUUUUUUUGGUUCAAUGUGGCCCGAAUAUUCAUUCAUACUUUGCUGUAUCAUAAGAGCAAACAAUACCAUAUAAACCCCUGUUGCUCACAACAGUGGAGGAGAACGUGGUUCUCGUCUGUUUAACUCUCGGCAUGUUCCAAUAUAUACUGAUACGAAAUUGACUUGCCAUGCUUGCAACCCCCAACUGAAGAUACUACAGAUAACAAAUCAAUACAGAAGGUGUUGCAAGUACAAUGGAAAAGGGGCAUGACAACAGCAUUUGACAUGUAAAUUCAAUGGAAUGUUUUCACCAAAUGUAGUGAAGUGUCUUUAAGAACGCCAGAUGGGUGUACCGCUGCACCUGUACAUAUAUAUUAUAACUUAUGUACCGUGCUGCGAAAAAGCUUUAAACCCCUUUUUGCAUAGUUUCCCCACUUUAAGAUCCUCAAACAAAUGUGAAUAUCAGACAAAGAUAACCUAAGUAAAAUGUAGUUUUUAAAUGGUGAUUUUUAUUUAAGGAUAAAAGGUAUUCAAAGCUACCUGACCUUGUGUGGAAAAAGUAUUUUUUAAAAUCAAAACCCAUUUUAAAUCAUGAAUUAACUAUGGCUAAUCAAAUUUUUUGGGAAAGCUGAGUUCAUUUUCACUGAUUACCUACAGACCGAUUAAUCAAUAAAACACUCAAAUAGAACCUGUCCAACAAACUGAAGUUGGUCAAAAACUUGCAACAAAAUGCCAUGAUCCAAAGAAAUUCAAGAACAGAUGAGAAUUGACAUCUAUUAGUCUGGAAAAUGUUACAAAGCCAUUUCUAAAGCUUUAUGAGUCCAGCAAACCACAGCGAGAGCCAUUAUCCACAAAUGGAGAAAGUUUAGUACAGUGGUGAACCUUCCCAGGAGUGGCUGCCCUACAAAAAUGACCCCAGGAGCACAGCAACGACUCAACCAGGAGGUCACAAAAGAACCCGGGACAACAUCUAAAGAACUGAAGGCCUUCAAAAAUAAGGAAGAGACUGGGGGAAAUGGCAUUCAUGGUGGAGUUCCAAUGUGAAAACCACUGCUGACAAAGAAGAACAUAAAGCCUUGUCUUCCUUUUGGGAAAGAAAAAAAAAAACAUCUGAAUGAUUCUCAAGACGGAUGGGAAAGUAUUUUAUGGACUGAUGAGAUGAAAGUUGAAUUUCUUGAAAGGUGUGUGUCUCGUUACAUCUGGCAUACAUGUAACAGCAUUUCAGAAAAAGAACAUCAUACCAACAGUCAAACAUGGUAGUGGUCGUGUGAUGGCCUGGGGCGGCUUCAUGAUUUCAGGACUUGCUGUGAUUGAUGGAACCGUGAAUUCUGCUCUUUACCAGAAAAUCCUGAAGGAGAACGUUUAGCCAUCAAUUUGUGACCUCAAGCUGAAGUGCACUUGGGUUCUGUAGCAGGAUAACAAUCCAAAACACACCAGUAAGUCAAUUCUGAAUUGUUUAUAAAAAAAAUAAAAUAAAAAAAAAGAAGGUUUUGGAGUGACCUCGGCAAGGUCCAGAUUUCAAUCUGACUGAAAUGCUGUGGCAUGACCUUAAAAAGUCAGUUAAUGCUUGAAAACCUUCCACUGUUGCUGACUUAAAACAAUUGUGCAAGGUAGAGAAGGGAGCAAAUCCUUUUUCGCAGCACUGUUGGCAUCCCUAAAAUUGCGAGCCCUUGAAAAGUAUUGUCACUGUGGUCUUCAAUGCAUGGAAUGCGGAUGAGGGCUUCUGCUUCAUGUUGUGCCAAUGAUCAUCUAAUGUCUCUGUCUUUUAUACUACUGAGGUAACAAACAAAUCAUGGGAACACUCGUUGUUAUUUUUAAGCUUUGUUGGUUGGAAUGGGCACAUGCAGUAAGUCUUGCCUGAUAACAUGACGACGACUUGCUUGCCUGUUGUUCUGUGUGCCAUUCAAUGUCAAGCAAAGUUGCCAUGGAGGAGCAAAUGGUUUUUAUUACACACCGUUCGCUAUAGCUUCAGU